AAAGAGGAGGCCGAAGGCUGACGCGGCGGUGUCUGGCAGAGCAACUGCUGCCAUGGAGCGGGACGGGGAACAGCUGUCCGCGCGCCCGGCUCUUGAGACAGAGGGGCUGCGUUUCUUGCACGUCACUGUGGGCUCAUUGCUGGCCACCUACGGCUGGUACAUCGUCUUCAGCUGCAUCCUUCUGUAUCUGAUCUUUCAGAAGCUCUCCACGCGCCUGCGGGCCUUGAGGCAGAGGCAGCUGGACCGAGCCGCGGCUGCUGUGGAACCUGAUGUUGUUGUGAAACGACAAGAGGCCUUAGCAGCUGCUCGCCUGAAAAUGCAAGAAGAACUCAACGCACAGGUGGAAAAACAUAAGGAAAAACUCAGACAGCUCGAAGAAGAAAAAAGGAGACAGAAGAUCGAAAUGUGGGACAGCAUGCAAGAAGGAAAGAGCUACAAAGGACGUGCCAGGAAGCCUCAGGAAGAAGACAGGCCUGGACCUUCCACCUCCUCAGCCGUUCCGAAGCGAAAGCCAGACAGAAAGCCUUUGCGAGGAGGUGGUUACAACCCUUUGUCGGGGGAAGGAGGUGGAGCCUGCUCCUGGAGGCCUGGGCGCAGAGGCCCCACACCUGGUGGAUGAGGCUAAGAAACCUUGCCGGUGUCCACUGUGGCACUAAGCAAGGCGAACCCUUCAACCUCCCGCCUUCGAUUGCCUUAACGCACACUUUUUCACAGUGACUAAAAAGCCCAGGGGCCGUCAGGCUUAUUUCUGUUCUUAACACCUCCAGCUGCGUCUAAGAGUGGACGUCAGCACUGCCCGGUGCCAACCAGGUGGUAGCAGGUCACGUCGGUUACCACUGACUCGGUCCUUAACGUGGGUAAGCUAGUCCGUAGAUCACAAAAGAGUCCUCAAGUAACGAUCCUCAAUACAGAUGUUUGGAGUCCUGACUGUGACCAGGACAGUCUCUGUGACAGGUGGCGUUGAAUGACGUCUUCCUUGUAAAUGGUGAGCCCACCAGCAAGGAUUACUGAGGCUGACAGGUGAUGGGGUUGGGGUUUUUUCUGUAUAUUUAUUUCCAUGUACAGAAAACUUUGUGAAAUAAAAACUUUUAAACUGCAAAA